AUGCAAAAUAAAAAUUAUUUAAGUGAGUUAAAUACAAAUAAGGAGAUCGUAAUUUAAGCAAAAUAGAUAUAUUACAAUUGUUAAUAAGUGAUGUCAUACAAAAAGACAACAAUAAAUCUUAAAUUAUCCGAUUAAGGUGAAGUAUUACAUUUAAAAGAUGGGGAAAUUCUAAAAAGGUUAAUAUUAAUUAAUAAAAAUAGAGAAGUAAUAUCAAAUUAAAAUGAAAUGGAGACGAUUCUUAACUUAGAAUAAUUGAAGCAUUUAAGAUGGGAAGGAUAAUAUGGAAAACAAAAUUAAAAAAUUGGUAAAUGGACUCCAGUGUGGAAUGAAAAUGUAUUAGAAGCAGGAGGCAAUUAUAAUGAUUUUGGAUAAAAGGAAGGAAUAUGGGUUGAUUUGCAUGAAAACUACUGGGAGUAUUUGAUAGUUAUAUUAUUAUUAUUUUAGGGGAUAAUAAAUUACAUAUAGAGGUGAAUAUCAGAUUGGAAAAAAAGUAGGAAAUUGGAAAAUUGAAAUAAAAUCGAUGAUGUCAGACCCUAAAAUUAUGUAUAGAUCUUAUUUAAUUUUAAUUAAUAGCGGUGGAGGUCAAUACAAAGAGAAUACAGGGGAAAAAAUAGGAAUGUGGAAAGAAUUGAAUGAAGAUUUUGAUUAGUAAAAAGCUUUGUAUAUUUUUUACAUCUAGAUGCUCAUAAAUUGUUUAAGCUGGAGAAUAUAGAAAUGGAAAAAAAAUUGGGUAAUGGACAAUCAUGAAUUUGGAUAAUGAUAAGACUAUGUAAAAUCUAAAUUUAUAUUAGUGGGGGAGGUAAUUAUGAUGAAGAAAAUGGUUUCAAAAUCGGAAAUUGGAUAGAACCACAUAAUAAAUUUAAUGAGGAAAGCUUUUGUGAAAUCAAAUUUGUUGGUUAAUACAAUAAUGGAAAAAAAAUUGGUAUAUGGGAGAUUUAGGUUGAAUCAGCAGGUAGAAAGAACUUAAAGAUUAUGUAUAUAAAUAUUUAGAUCUUAAAGUGCGUUAAAUAAUUAUGAUUAAGAAAGUGGUUAAGAGAUUGGAAAGUAAACUGAAUUAUUUGAAAAUUUCAGCAAGUAAUAUAGAAUAUUAUUUUAAUAAAGCUCAUGUUAAAUUAUAUAUCAUGGAGAAUAUAAGAAUGGAAAAAAAACUGGAUAUUGGUAGACGUUAUCAAUUGAUUCUAAUACAGAAAUGUAAAUUAAAAAUUUUUAAAUUAGUGGAGGUGGUAAAUACGAUGAAGAAACUGGGUUAAAAAAUGGAUAAUGGAUUGAGAUACAUGAAAACUUUGAUAGGUAUUAAAUUAACUUAUUGCUUUAACUUUUUUAAUUUAAAUAGACAUCUCCCAAUUGGUUAUUAUGGAUCAUAUAAGAAUGGUAUGAAAAUUGGAAAAUGGGUAACUAAAUACUUUGAAUUAAAUACAGUGAUGCAAUCUGAUCAGGAUAUAAUGUAAAUCAUUAAAUUUAAUUCAUUAGUGGAAGUGGUAAUUAUGAUGAAGAAAAUGGAUUAAAAAAUGGAGAUUGGUUGGAACUUGAUGAAAACUUUUGGAGGUAAAUAAUUAUAGUAAUGUCUUUUUAGGGGAUGUUAAGUUAAGUAUGUUGGAAAAUACAAAAAUGGGAAAAAAUACGGAUCUUGGGACACUUUACAUUAAAGAUAAAAAGAUGAAGUCAAGAUGUAAUAAACAAAAUUAUCUAAUAUUUAGUGGAGGAGGAAGUUAUGAUGAGGCAACAGGAUUAAAAACUGGCGUAUGGGUUGAACUAUAUGAGCAUUUUUACAGGUUAAAUUUUUUUUUAUUUCAAAAAGAAAUAUUCCGAUUGUGUUUAGAGGAGAGUAUAAAAAUGGUGUGAAAUAGGAACCUUUUAAUUAGGAGGAUUUGAAUUUCAUAUGA